GUUGACUUAAUUUGGCAUAUAUGCAUGCACUUAGUGAGACUACAAUUUGGGUGCAAACUAAUUGAUGGGACCAAGUCAAUGGUGUCCCUAGGAUUUCUGCGGACCGAAAGCAGGGCAUCCCGUGCCGUGCCAUGUGGUAGAAAGAAAGCUGCCAGUCAUACAUACAUGAGUAUAUUAAAUUCCCUCCGUCCACAUACAACCGUCCCCAUGCCGGCUUGGUCGGUCCUCAUCAAAUGUUCACUGCACGCCUCUCGUACCCCUCCACACUCUCAGACAUGAAACCACGUUCGUCACUCUUCAUCCAAGAUUUGCCCUCGUCACCUUCUCUCUUCCAUCUUCGAUCUUCCCUCCCAAUUUUAAUUAAAAUCAUCCAAUGGAGAAGAAAAAAGCUGCCUCAUAUUCUUAGAGAUCAGAUCAUCAGUACCGCUCCAGUGCAUGCAGCUAUCUAUUCCGGGGGAAGAAGGAAGGAAGGAAGGAAGGAAGGAAGGAUCCAACAAGAUCAAUCAGGCACGUACCUACCCACGCAUACUGCCCUUUCUUUUAAUUUGACGGCUGCGGUUAAUCCAAUAGUUCCAAUUCCAAUUCCCCGGAAGAAAAUACUUCAUCCGUACUGAUCGAUCACUGCCCCUUUAUCUUUAAUUAAUUUCCAAGAAAAAAAGAAAGAAAGAAAGAAAGCAAGCAAGCAAACAAGAUGAACGAUCUCUUCUCCAGCACUUCCUUCAAAAAAUACACCGACCUGAAGCACCAGGCGUACCUGGAUGACAUCGAGGCGGGGGGCGGCGAGGCCGGGAAAGAGAGCAUCAACCUGGAGAAAUUCUUCGAAGAUGUAGAGAACGUGAAGCAAGACAUGCAGGCGGUGGAGAAGCUCCACAGACGCCUGCAGGAGUCGAACGAGGAGAGCCGGAUCGCCCACAAUGCCAACACAAUGAAGGAGGUGCGGGGGCGGAUGGACUCGGACGUGGAGCAGGUGCUGAAGCGGGUGAAGGUGAUCAAGGGGAAGCUGGAGGCGCUGGAGCGGUCCAACGAGACGAACCGGAGGAUACAGGGGUGCGGACCGGGGUCGUCGGCGGACCGGACGAGGACGUCGGUGGUGAGCGGGCUGGGGAAGAAGCUGAAGGACAUGAUGGACGAUUUCCAGAGGCUGAGGGCCAAGAUAUCGGCGGAGUACAAGGAAACGGUGGAGCGGAGGUACUUCACCAUCACGGGGGAGAGGGCGGAGGAGGAGGUGAUUGACAACCUGAUGGCCAACGGCGGGAGCGAGACGCUGCUGCAGAAGGCGAUUCAGGAGCAGGGGAGGGGCCAGAUCAUGGACACCAUCUCCGAGAUGCAGGAGCGCCACGACGCCGUCAAGGAGAUUGAGAAGAACCUGGUGGAGCUUCACCAGGUGUUCCUCGACAUGGCGGCGCUGGUGGAGGCACAGGGCCAGCAGCUCAACAACAUCGAGAGCCACGUGGCGCACGCCAAUUCCUUCGUGCGGAGGGGGACGGAGCAGCUGCAGGAGGCCAGGGAGAACCAGAAGAGCUCCAGGAAGUGGACUUGCAUUGCCGUCGUUCUCGUCGCUGCCAUCCUUGCUAUUCUUCUCUUCCCCCUCUUGGCUUCUUCAAUCAAGCCUCAUUAAUAAUUUCACCCCUCCACCCAUGCGCCUACCUAGAAAUUAAUUAAAUUCAUUCAAUUCAUUCUUCAAUGAGAUCCAAAAUUAAAUGUGGUAAA